UCCCGCCCCCCGCCGGUGCGGCGCGGGGGGUGCGGCUCGGCUCGGCUCGGCUCGGCUCGGCUCGGCUCGGCUCGGCUCGGCUCGGCUCGGCUCGGCUCGGCUCGGCUCGGCUCGGCUCAUCUCAUCUCUGCCCCGCUCGGCUCGGUUCAUCGCAGCUCGGCCCGGCCCGCUCCGGCCAUGGUGGAGCGCUCGGACGAGGCGCCGCUGCUGUUCUGGGCCGAGGGCCCCGCCGUGUCGGCGCCGCCGCCCGCGGCCGAGCCGGGCAGCAGCGGCAGCGGCGGGCGGCGGCUCGGCGGCGGCUGGAGCGCGGCUCCGUGGGACGGCGAGGGGCCGGCGGAAGCGGCGGGGCCGCCGCGGGCCGAGGCGGAGGAGGACCAGAUCGUGGCCGUCUUCGUAGUCACCUUCGACCCCCGCACGGGCAACAUGGUGGAAUGGUGUUUACCCCAAGAUAUAGAUUUGGAAGGUGUGGAAUUCAAAUCCAUGGCAAGCGGGUCCCACAAAAUCCAGUCAGAUUUCAUUUAUUUCCGCAAAGGGCUCUGUUUUGGCCUGGCCUGCUUUGCCAACAUGCCUGUGGAGAGUGAGCUGGAGCGUGGUGCUCGCAUGAAGUCCGUGGGCAUCCUCUCCCCUUCCUACACGCUGCUCUAUAGGUACAUGCACUUCCUGGAGAACCAGGUCAGACACCAGCUGGAGAUGCCAGGGCACUACUCCCAUCUAGAGGCAUUCUAUGAUGACAAGAAAGGAGUUCUCCCUGAUAGCAAGGGCACCCCCAGCUCUCAGCAACCUGUCCACUGGCUGCCUUCCAUCCACAGAUACAUGUACCCAGAGAUGAAGAUCACACACCCUGCUGGCUGUAUGUCUCAGUUCAUCAAAUUCUUCGGCGAGCAGAUCCUCGUCCUCUGGAAGUUUGCCCUGCUGCGCAAGCGCAUACUGAUAUUUUCACCGCCCCCAGUUGGAGUUGUCUGCUAUAGAGUGUACUGCUGCUGUUGCCUUGCAAAUGUUUCUCUGCCUGGUCUUGGAGGAACUGUCCCAGAGUCCAAACCAUUCUUCUAUGUGAAUGUGGCAGACAUAGAAAUGCUGGAGACAGAAGUAUCAUAUGUGGCCUGUACAACAGAAAAGAUCUUUGAGCAGAAACGGGAUCUCUAUGAUGUCUAUGUGGACAACCAGAAUGUGAAGACGCAUCACGAGCAUCUGCAACCACUCCUAAAAAUUAACAACGCUGACAAGGAGAAGUACCGACGGCUCAAUGACCAAAGGCAGAUGUUAAUGUACUCUCAAGAAGUGGGUGAGGAUUGCAGCUCCUGUGAAGAGGACCUUUUCAUCCUGUUUUUCAUGGAGCAGAACAACCGCAUAUUCCAGACGCUGAUGGAGGUGUCAGCCAGCCAGGACAAGACACUGACAGCUGACCACGCGCGAGGCAUGGGCCUGGAUCCCCAAGGGGAUCGGAGUUUCCUCAUGGACCUGCUGGAAGUGUACGGCAUUGACGUUAUGCUAGUCAUUGACAACCCCUGCUGCACUUAAACCAAGCGCGAGAGAGAUGGGGAGCAGAGAUCACUUUUUAAAGACUACCAGACAUUGCUUAGGAGGACCACUGGAACUCACCACAGCCACAGUUAUUUAAUAACUUUAUAUGGAGAGUAUUUAUAAUUUUGAAACAAAAUGUGAUUUUAUUUUCUCACACAACUUCCUCGUGAGUACCUGCUCUACGGUUCCUUUUGGUUUUGUCUCCCUUUCCCUUUCAUUUGUGUUUUUUUGUUUUGUCUAGCUAGGACCAGUGGCACCUUUGCACCAAACUCACUGUUGCCAGUGAUAACUAGGUUUUGGCCUAGCCUGGAUACCUGAGGGCUGAAGACUUCAGGAAAGCACUUUGUUUGAUGACGACCAAUGUGAAAUGCUAUAGCUGAGCUUUCAGACUUGGCUGGAAAAUCCUCCUAUCAACUCCCCCUUCCACUUGGGGACUGAAGAGGGCUUCAGCACAAGCUGUUAAUGGCCCUGUCUCAUAAAUAGCUCCUACCAAGUUUGUUGGUGGGGACAGUUAAACCAAUGAUAAGAACCAGGACUCCUUUAAACACUCCUUACUGAACUUUAAGGUGAAUUGGAGUAAAGCCAGCCUUCCUUGUAAAUGGUAGAAGCAAGUUUGGGAUCGGGGAUGCUACAGGAUCUUACGACUUUGCUUACUGGAACAGCACGGUUUCACUUCCAGCACCUGAGGUGGUCUAAACAGGCAGAGACUGCAGCUACCUAUCGCAUAGCUGGAGAAGAGCACCCUCUCCUCAGUCCAUCCCACCACCUGCUUUGGUUUUUAGUUGUAUCACAUCUGCUGCUUUGGUUUAAAAUCUUCAAACCAGCAAGAUGGUCUCCCAUUUAACAGGGACCAACAUCACUGAGCCACUUUGCAGUCACUUUGUUCUCCAGCCUCACCUCGGAUGGUGCUGGGCUGGAUGGGGUAGAAUAAGUAUGCUUUAAUUAAUGUCACUAGCCUUUCCUUUGUAGCUGAUGGGACUUGUUGCUCCUUUGCUUUAACACUGUCUGCUAAUCCUUCUUUUCUUGAGCCUUCAGCACUGCCUGCUGCUAUCCCUGGUAUCCUUGGUAUGAGACACAGAACAGACCUUUCAGCUGGAACAACUGAAGUUUGCAGGAGGUUCCCUUGGAGUUUGGUAUUCUUAACUGGCACAGCUGCUAGGAGCAAUGUUUAAAAGCAAGCCUGUCUUUUUUCCAGGGCAGAGCUGUAGAACCAGAUGAAACAGAUGUUUUCUUAUGCUAUGGAGAGAACAGGAUUCAGUUCCUGAAGGACAAGUCAUUACCUCCAGGAAGGCUAUCCCAGUAAAGAGUAAUCCCUUUACCAUGCAGAAUCCAAGAAUGGUGCUGUGGGUUCUAGGUGUGACAUACUCCUUUGCCCCAAAUCCUUCAGCCAGUAGCAAUAGCAGCUUUAAGCUGACUGUUCUUCCUGAACUGUGGCCAUAGCUGAUCAGUUGCUGAUUCCAUCGUUACAGAGUUCAGCACCCUUGGGAGGCUGUGUGUUGUAGGAAUGCAAACUGUAGCUGAUGUAUCCAUUUGUCCUCGCAUUUUAUAGGAUGAGACAGGGCCUGAACCAUCAAGAUUUCACCCCCUAAAGCAGGCAAGCACCUUUUUGAAACAGGUGAAGCAAAUGUUCUCCAAGCAUACACUCUGUGGAUUGUCUCCCUCUGGAAAGGAGAAGGCAAUUGUUCCUCCAAUUUGCCUGUCUCUGAGCAGUCACUCCUCUGGCUGCUUUUUCAAGGCUUUGGAUGUUUUUGUACAGAAGAAAAUAUGCUGUUGUUCAUAUUGUCAAUUGCUCACAACUGAAACAUCAUCAUCCGUAGAAGGCUGGGGAAAAAAUGUAGACAGAGGUGAAAACAGCUGAGUAUCAUUUAAUGGCAAGACCAGUCUCUUUUCCUUAAGAAAUGGCUUUGUUUUUAUAUUGAGACCUGAAGUAUGAAACGGAACUGAAACUACCCUCUAGCAAUUUCUCCUCUCACUUUCUUGAUGGUUUGCUACAUAGUUUAGCUGUGGUCAGUUAAUGACUUUCUGUUCUCUUUGUCAGUAGUUUUUUGCUAAACUAAACAGAAACAAACCUUUAACGUUGAAAUUUUACAGUCACUGCAGUCAGAGGCUUUCUAACCCCCUGCAUUAGAGCACUGUGGUGGACAUGAGGCCCAGUAGACAGCACUGCCAGAGCCCACUGAGCAGAAGCUCCUGAAAUUCCUAUUCAACAUUUAUUAAACCUCUGCUCUCCAGAAGUUAGGUCCUCAGUUGUCAGCAGUAUUAUGGGUGUAGAAGCAUCAAAGCAAGCAGAUUACUGUAGUAGCAUCCAUAUGCUACCUCCAGUUGGAUGGCUGCAGCCUAUUUUGUUCUUGUAAUUUUGUUCUUCCUUGUAAUUUUGCUUCUCUACCAAGUCUCUCUUGGCAGGCAACUGCUACAAAAGUCAGGAAGUUGUCCAGCAGAAAACAGAACAAGAACACUUUUCUCUCGUAACCCUUCCUUAUUUGAUUAGCUGCAAAAGUGCUUUCAUCUGCAUCAAUUUUCUAAAAAUUAUUGCAAACAUUUUUGUCACAUGUGGAAAGUUCCCAGGAAAUGGGUAAUGGGUACAUAAUAGAAACAAACUGUUACAGCUUGGGACAGGAAGGACUUUUCUGUGGAACCAGUUUAACUGAGUCUUAUCUUUCCAGGAAAUAACAUAAUUCAAGGUAAAACAGUUCUGUGCAGAUAUUCAAACCCCCCUCCUGGGCACUCAGUUGGUGCUUUGUUGCAUACUAGCAGUUGGGAGACAUCUGCUGGUGUGUUUUGAAUUAAAAGAGGGAGGAAAGUGUGGCAUGAGAUAGAUGUUGCUGAUUUGUCCCUCUGAAGUACUUUGCCUCUACAGUUGCCUUCAGUUUCGUGGGUGUGAUGCCUCUGGUCCCUUGCUGUGGUCAGUUUAAGGGGUGGUUGCAGUAACCAGGUCUAUGCUGUGCCCCUGUGCGUUCUCCAGAACUCAAGUCACUGCACAGCCAGUGCAGGUUCUCAGCUGGUACAUGCUGGACUUUAACCAGAACAAGAGCUUCCUAACUGCAUCUUAACUCAAGCUGCACAAGAAAUGUGUACUCAAGCAAUGAAUUAUUAGUACUUGUACUAUCUGCAUUGAAGGGUAAAGCUUAUGAGAGACAUAAAAGCUAGGUUUUCAGUCUGAACCACCCCAGACAUCUAAAUCAUCCAAAAGUCUUCUCACUGCAAGGUUAGGGCAAGCUGCAUAGAGCCAAGUAUAAUAAAGAACUAUAAUGCAUACUAGGAGAAAGGCACUUGAUGGAAUCAGAAUUCAGAUUUGUCUUACAGACCUUCUUUUCUAGCACACAAGGUACUUACUGCCAAUGGUCAUGACUGUCACAGGAACGGAGCUUGCCUCUCCACCAUCCUUUUGGGCAGAAGUUCCAUCACCUUUUCAAGAGGAAGUAGCUCCCUGGACAGGUUAUCCAGUAAAGCAGGGUUAUGGUGGUACCCCAUUUUAACACCUGUCACAGUUAAUAAGCAAAAGACUGGGAGUGGCUGUGGUCCUCCUGGCCACAGACUGUGCAAGAGUAGGCAUGUUUCACUCUGGGAGGUAGAAAGACAGUGGCUCCUGGAAUAGCAGGGCAAGAGCACGCUGUCCUAAAGCAAGAUCUAGGUACAAAGCAUGCACGCUAACCCAAACUCUCAUCCAAGCCAUCACUUCUAAGUUAGUUGCUGUCUUCUUCCUACCUUCCCAAAACCAGUGGUGUAGUGAUUAUGGGAAAAGACAACAUAAAUGUCUUUUGCAAGAUACUGGAAUGUAUUGACUUAACAGUGUGAUCUGUCUAAAACAGAAGGUACUUAAUGCCUAUGAACCAGGAUUUUAGAUCUUGGUCAAUGCAACAUGCCAUUCAAAUGGGAAUGUUUAAAUGUGGUCAAAAUAAACAGGUGCCUUGAGCUGGUCCAUCACUAGAUUGUUAUCCUUCAUUUUUAUUUAUGUUACAGUAUUUUAAGCCCUUCUAGAAUGGACUGUAAGUUAAACCCAGAAGUGUUUUCAUGUGUGGGACCUAGGAUUCUACUCCUCCUUCCUAUCUUGGAGUUUGUACAAAGAAAGUUUUUUGUGUUGCUGUUAGACAGAAACAUGAGAACUGAGUCCUUUCCUCAACACUGUAGAUAGUGGGUUCAGCCCUGCCCAUUAUUAUGUAGUGUCUAUCUCACCCCUCCCCUCUGAAUGUUGCAAUUCAGAAGUCCAGAAUUACCCUAUACUGGAAGAACUCUGAACUGCAGAGGAAGGAGAAAAAUUACUUGAAUGGUAUUUCUACAAACUACUCAACUUAUGCUGAUAUGAAUAUUUAAAUACCAGCCUGUGUCUCAGAUGAUCCUUGGUACUUUAAUAUCACAACAGCAUCAGCAAUACCAAUUCUGAAGGGAUCUCUUGGUUACCCUCAAGCAAGGAAUCAUAUGCUAAGGGAGCAAUGGAAGAGAAUUAGUGAUUUUCCCUGUACAAUGGUACAGAUGAACAAGGAGCCAGUUCUCACCAUCUCACCCCUUGCUACAACCUAGGCUGGUUGUAAUUCUUACAGCUCUGAUGUUGUUUGCAUCUUGCAGAUGUGUGGUUGCUCCCAUAGGCCUGUGGCUCUGUAGAGAAACUGCUUACUAAAAACAUGGGUAUUUUUUAAUACAAUUAAAGCUUACCUUUUUGAAAUGGC